GCGCGCGAUUUGUUAAGAAAUUCAAAAGCAAUCGAGUAAUCCAGUCAGGUAUUUAAUAAGUAGAUUAUGUUCUAUUGCUAGUCCAGCAUGGGAGAUACGCAGCCGGAAAGUGUUGCCCUGCUCGCAACUCAUGCGGUAAAUGGCCAACGGUACCAGGAGUUUCCCUAUGCCGAUGAUGGCGAAGGAAUUGAAGAGGAGGUGGGGGAGGAGGAGAAAAUGCAAAAGAUUGAGAUGCAGCCAAAAGAUGGAGAGCCAGUUCGCAAACCCUCGCUUGGGGAGCGUCGCAAUGUGGAGCUCACCCGCCUGCUUGUCAUUGAUGAGCAACGGGAGCCAACGACAAAGACAACGACAACUUCACCGACUUCGACGACAGCGUCGGACAACAGUGGACGCCAAUCGCCCAUAUCGAACAGCCCUAGGGAACACUUUACGCCCGGACUGCGACGCAAUUCAAUAUCGAUGCCAUCGGGCAUUAAUGCCCUGGAAUUAGAGGCCUUGAGACUGCGACAUCAGAUGCAGAGCCAAGAUCCCCUCCAUGAGGAGAGUCAAUCGGGCAGUAUGGUCGACGAUGGGGCCUCUUCGAAUGUGAGCACGCCUGUGGUGGUGGUGAACACGCCGGAUAAGGGAGUGACGACCAUAAAUUUUGGCAACACCGAUGACAACAACGAUGACAGCGACGAUGAGUUUGGCAAUGCCAAGAAGCCAGUUUACCGCGAUCGUUUUCGCAGUCGACGUCGCGCCUCAAUUGCCCCGCUGCCCGCGCUACGCUUGAACAGCAAGGAGAUGUUGGCCAGCGAUUUCGACACCCACAGCGUCGCCAGCAAUCAGGCUUCGAUUACGAGCAUCAAUUCGCUGGCGAGUCUGCUCCGAGAGAAAAUGCAGGCCUUUCCACAGCUUAUACGCAAAAAGAAGCGCGAGACUAAAGACUACAAGAUCAAAAUAUUUGUCAUCAUGAUGUUCUUCAUCAUCAUCUUUCUGAUUGGCUAUGCGUAUAUCGCAUAUCACCAGCAGAUCCUUACACGAUCGUACUUCCAAAAGAUCAAGUUUAACUCCCAGGACAGGAUCUUCCGUAUACUGAAUCACGAGGACAAGGAGGUGAUCUCUGGCCAGCUCGGGGUGACAAUAGGGAGUGAUUCAGCUCCCUUCCACUGCCUCGAGGAUCAUCGGCGCAAAGAUGGCAGUGUGUGCAUCGAGUGGAACGGCAUCGCUCGACUCCACAUGAACUUCGAGAACAAGGGCGUAUUUCGUUGCUACACGAUGCAGUGGCAAGCCCUGAUCCCAGGCCUAUUACCCACGGACUGCUAUGAACUGCAGCGGGACAAUGGCUUGUGGUUUGGUGGGGGCAUUACCAAGGGCCAGGAGUGGUCGCUGAGCUAUGCGAACUUUGACUUCAAGCCCUAUGCCAGCGGUGACAUCAAGGUGCAUCAGUUUGGCAAUGGGGUCAAGCGCUACUUCAUCAAUUCCAUUGGCGUGGCCAUGCAGGUGAGCGAGCAGACGCCACUGCAGAUCGGGAUCAAUCGCACCGCAAAUCAAUUUUGCCUCCGGGCGGCGAACGAUGAGUUCACAUUCGUGAAUCGCCUCACUGAGCUGCCGCAACUGGACUACAAGAUCUGCACCACAGAGGACAUGCGCAGCCUUCAUAUGCUAAUGACGCAGCAGAGUCUGUGGGAUGGUCUCAAGGAGGCGGAUAUUCAGGUGCUUAAGUCGCUGCUAGAGGAGCCCGUCUGGAAGAUACCGACGGGGCCGACGGUGGAGUCGCUAAAUGAGUCGAUUAUUUGUGAUUACUCAGAGAAUGCCAUUUCCAUUGGUCUCGGUCACAUUGUCAUCAAUGAGUUCUGGCAGGAAAAUAUCGGAGACUUUACUGUGGACAAGACUCGCUUUCCAACGCUCAAGGACACCAUUGAUGUGCUGCACCGUCGCGGCUUCAAAGUGGUCUUCACCAUACAGCCCUUCAUCAGCACGGACAGUGCCAAUUUUAAAGAUGCAGUGCGUCGAAAGCUACUUAUUUAUGAGCGCUAUUCAGAGCGCAGCAUUCCAGCACUGACGCGUUACAAGAGCAGCUCCAGUGCUGGAGUGCUGGACAUUACAAACAAUGCAUCUAUUCCGUGGCUUAUUGAGAAGCUGCAACGCAUAAAGGAUGAGUACCAGGUGAAGGGGUUCUAUUUGGAUCUAGGCACGGGCUACAAUCUGCCGCAUUACUAUCAGUGCCGUCAGACCCUGGACAAUCCGGACAUGUAUGCGCGCCAGUUGACGAGCAGUCUGGAAAGUGCCGGCUUGAUGGCUGUCUCAACGGCCAGUGUGGUGCCUAAACCACCCACCUUCCUUAGCACACCGCCCGCUAAUGCUACGUGGGAGGGUCUGCGCGAAACGUUGGCUGCUGUCCUAAACUACGGCGUAAUUGGCUAUCCGUUUGUGCUGCCCGGCGCCAUAGGUGGCGAUUAUCUGCUGCAUGGACCGCUGCACAAAAUGGUCUCAUUCUAUUCGCUGGGUCAGCCCGAGCUGCCCGACCAGGAGCUCUUCAUACGCUGGCUCCAAUUGGCCACUUUUCUGCCAGCCAUGCAGUUCAGUCAUUUGCCCUCGGAGUACCGCAGCGACCUGGUGACCCGUGUUGCCCAAGAGCUGAAGGAGGUGCGCCAGACGGUGGUCAUAGCACUGCUCAAGAAGUACUUGAACCCAUCGAUGAACGAAGGUUGGCCGCUGGUGCGUCCGCUCUGGAUGUUGGAUCCGCACGAUCCUGCAUGCCUAAUAGUCAGCGAUGAGUUUUCGGUGGGUGAGGAGCUGAUUGUGGCACCCAUUCUGGAUGCGGGCCGUGAGGAGCGUGAAGUUUACUUGCCACAAGGUGUGUGGAAGGAUGGUAUUGAUGGCUCCCUGCGCAAGGGCAGUCGAUGGAUGCACAGCUAUCGAGUUCCAAAGGACAAGAUUGCCUAUUUCCGCAAAAUGCCAGACAACACCCGUUUCUAGUCAAUACAUCCUUUCUCUCCCAUACAAAUACGAUCCAUGUGAUAUACCAACGAGCAAUGCGAAAUAUAUUAUCCGAGAAAUUUAAUUUGAAUUAGAACAUUCAUUUCUUGGCAGAUAGUAUAAUCCAGCUGUGGAGUACACGAGUAUAUAGUUUAGAUAGUAGAUUAGAAAUCACGUUAGAGCGAUUAAGGCUAUAGAGCUCAGAAGCUGAAUGAUAAAUAAUGACAUAUAUAGUACAUAUAGUAUAAGACAUACAUCGGAUAUGUUUACUUCCAAAAUAGUACUUCCAACAAAGUUGUGAACAGAAAUCCAUUUUCAUACAAAUCCAGUAUCUUCUUUUUUUGUUUAAUUUUAAGGUAAGCCCUUAGAAUCGAAGACCUUAUAGCAAAUAGCAAUAUUUAUGGAGUUUAACAUUCAGUAUACAAUUGAACGAUGGUUACAGAGUAAUGUUUUUAUGUUUUAGAGUAAAAUGUAUUUUGCAAAGCCGUAGUACUCAUUCCAAAAGUAAAGUUACCCAAAGAAUGUGACCUAAAAAUCUAGUUAAAUAAAUAGAAGGCAUCAUAUUGGAUCAUAUUGGAAUAAAUAUAAUAUUUAUUUCAUGUGGAAUGUUGAUUUUCUCUCUUUCAAACAUUUUUCACUAAGGACCCUUGCAUUGUUUCUACUGGGGCCUUUUAUUUGCGGUCCUCUUUUAUCCAGUUUUGAUUCUCAUUCUUCUAAAAUUUUCGGAAUUUCUUUGUUCUUUUGAUCUGAGUACUAAGCAUAAUGAAAGCAAGGCACUUGUUUUGCUUAUCGAUUUCUAACGUAUAUACAUAAACAAUACUUUAUACUAGUAAGUGCAUUAUAAGAUAAAUGUUUAUAAUCUCUAUACUAAGGCGCAAACUUUUCUAAAAAGUAAUGCAUUAUAUUAUAUUUAAAUGUAAUUCCUAAGGUUUAAGUACAUAAUGUUGGUUUUUAUUUUUACUUUUGCUUUAUAUUGCGAUUGAAUAAAUAAAUAUGCUUCUGUUAAA